CCUUCAUAGUGCAAUCUAAAAAAAUGUACGGACAGAGACACACACCGACCCAUCUGCUUCCAGCACCCUGAACCCCAGAGCCCUAAAAUAUAUAAAAAUUAGCUCUUUUGUUCUCCUCUUUAAUCGACAAAAAAGUAAAAUAAAAAUGGCAACUACUAGUAUUUCUUCAGUUGCAAGCGAGCCAGAGCACAACACCAAAUCAAGAGAAUUAGAAGAAGAGAACGCAACUAAAACAGGAGCUGCCGACGAUGAGGAUACCGGAGCUCAGGUUGCACCAAUCGUUAAGCUGGAAGAAGUCCCUGUUACUACCGGAGAGGAAGAUGAAGAUGCCAUCCUUGAUCUGAAGGCGAAGUUGUAUAGAUUUGAUAAAGAAGGGAGUCAGUGGAAAGAGAGAGGAGUUGGAACUGUGAAGCUUUUAAAACAUAAAGAAUCUGCCAAAGUUCGUCUUGUUUUUCGCCAAUCUAAGACUCUCAAGAUCUGCGCUAACCAUCUAGUUCUGCCUACAAUUAAUGUGCAAGAGCAUCAUGGGAAUGACAAAUCAUGUUUGUGGCAUGCUGCUGAUUUUGCUGAUGGGGAAUUGAAGGAUGAGCUUUUCUGUAUCAGAUUUCCUUCGGUUGAAAAUUGCAAAACUUUCAAGGAGACUGUUGAAGAGGUGGCAGAAAGUCAGGGAAAGAAAGAAGAGAGUAAAGAUGCUGCAGAUGCUGCAGGACUCCUUGAGAAGUUGAGUGUUGGGGAUAGUAAAACCGAAGAAAAAGAAAAGCAAGCCAAAGAGCUUAGCCAAACUGUAGCUGAUAAAGCAAAGGAAGAUGGAGAAAAGGAGGACGAGCCUGCUUCAUCUACAUAGCGCUGAGCUCAGUUGUUUGGUCUGUCCCGAUAAAGUUUACAUGCACUUGGGUCUUUUCAAGUUAUUGGUCGAAGUUUUGCCCACAGGUUUAGACGAUUGUUGGUUUACGUAACAGUUCAUUGGCUGUGUUGGAACCUGUGGAUGGCAUUGGUUUGCCUGUUGUUCAAUUAGGGGUCAUAAUCAAUAGAUUUUUAGUCCUAGGACCCUUUUUCUUGGAAAAAACCCUGGUACAUAGUCUGAAAGACUGAGUGAGAGCUUCAUCUUUGGCCUUUCUUGUUUCACUUCUCUAAUUUGAGUUUUCAUCUAUGCUUUCUGAUGUUUAAAUUUAGAGGUCCUACCUAUAUAAAGUGAUGCUUGUAUUUUACCUUGCUA